ACGCCGUCAGCAGGCGAAUUAUUUAUCUUUAGAAUUCACCCACGAAAACAAGAGGAAACAAAGGGAUUCCCGGAGAUAAGAGGUCACAAAGCCAUAAGUAACUAACCAAGAUGUCGACGGCGGCAAGACCUCCUUCCCUGCGACUGGGACAGCAGGAUUUGAAGUGCCGCACGGGCUGCGGUUUCUAUGGGACUCCCCAGAACGAUGGACUGUGCUCCAAGUGCUACCGCGAAAAGUUCCACGAUAAGCAGCGGAAAUUGAAGCAGAAGGCAGGCGAAGCGGUGGCGGGUUCCUCCAGUGCCUCCCUGGAUCGAAGAUCCCCGCAACAUGGUCACAAUCAGGGGAAAACGGAGCAGAAAAAGGAGGAUCCCUCGGGAACGCUGCAAAAGAAGAAGUUCACCGCUGUGCUGCAGAAGACCCUUCAAGCGGGAGCCCAGAAAAUCACCCAACAGCGUGGUCAUGUCCCCGAUCCCACAGAGGGUCAGUUCCUCCUCCAAUUGCGCCAGCUACGCAUUCCCGACGACGGCAAGCGCAAACUCAAGCUGGAGAUCCAGCGUUUGGACAGCGAAAUACGCAAGUACAUGAACGGAAAUGGCGGCAAGAACAUCAACGAACUCUCGGAUUUGGUGCAAAAUGCCUACACCAAGGUCUCCGAUAUCGUGCACAAUGAUCCCAGCUUCGAGAUAGCCACCAACGAGGAUCGCGACAGUGCCAUCGACUUCUUUGAGAAAGUGGUGAUGACGCAGAACCACAAAUUCCUCUUCAGUCCGUACUUCACAACCGACGAGGACAGCGAUGUGAAGGUCCAAAAGCGCAUACGCCAGCUGAGCUGGAUUACGGCGAAGCAUCUGGACUGCAGCAUCGACGAGGUGAACUCGGAGGCCAGGGACCUGGUCUACAACGCCAUCUCCGAGCUGGUGGGCAUCGAUUCGUACUACUCGCCGCAGGAGAAGUUGCAGUGCACCUGGCGCUGCUGCAGGCACAUCUUCGAGCUGUUAAAAAGGGCCACGGGUGGACCAGCGAGCGCCGAUGACUUCCUGCCCGCUCUGAUCUUCGUGGUGCUCAAGGCGAAUCCCGUGCGCCUGCACAGCAACAUCAAUUUCGUGACGCGCUUCACGAAUGCCUCGCGUGUGAUGAGCGGCGAGAGUGGCUACUACUUCACCAAUCUCUGCUCGGCCAUUGCCUUUAUCGAGAACCUCAAUGGCGAGAGUCUGGGCAUCAGUGGCGAGGAGUUCGAGGCUCUAAUGUCCGGCCAACAGGCCUUCAGUUCGCCCUGGGAAAGCGCCCUGUUGGCCUGCGAGAGUCUGCACCUGAUAUCGGAGAAUAUGAAGCGAAUGGAGGUGCUGCAGAAGAGAAAUGCACUGAUUAGCUCUGGCAUUGAUACAUUCGAAAAGGAGCUAAUUGAUUUCCAAAGAGAGGUGACCGAACGCGUGGACACGGUGAUAGCCAAGGCGCCACUCAACCUGCUGCCCAUCAAAACACCCGCUUUUCUGAUCGGCCAGGCACGGGCUCACCUCCUGAGCAACGAAAGCGAAGCGGGGCAUUAUCAGGCGAAUGUGCUGAGUGGCGGAUUGACCUCCCAAUCGCUGACCGCAAAGCCCGAAGAAUCUGGGUUAUCCCUGAAAGACACCAGUAUGGUUUCCAUGGGUCGUCUAUCGCCGCUGCAGCAGAAUAUUCAGCCAGCCGACCAUCUGUUCGCCUCUCCCAUUUUCAAUUACGCGGCAUUUGAUGCCGUUUCCCUUUUGGAGGAGCCCUCCACCUCGGAUGUGCUCAUGCUGGGCUCUGAAUUUCAAGGAGGCCUGACCAACAUCAACUACGAUUUCGAUUUGUCCGAUCAGAGUGGCGAAAACAGCACGGCGACGGAUGAGCCCAAGCUGAAUCUCGACGAAUUCGAUCCUUUGGCGCAGAGAGGAGCAGUUAACCAGGUGCCUACGGCGGAGACCAGUCUGCUGGACAGCACUGCGGAUAGUCUGAUUGACAGCGAAGUGCCCGGGACAGCUGUGCUACUUCCAUCGCCUCUGAAGCCCGAGGUGGCCAACUAUCGGGGCUUUUCGAAUUUCGACAUACCCAGCAUCUCCUGCAAUACGGGGGAUUUUAGUUCGCUGGGACAGGACGGCGCCGAGCCACCCAAAUAAUAGCCUUAUAAUUGGUUAAUUCCGAUCCCUAACGGCAGCACCUACACGAAUGUAAAUAGAGAUAAGUGAUAUAUAUUGUAGCUAGCCCAUCGCUUCAAUUCAACAGUUUGCACAUAUUUAUUUGUACAAUAUUUAAAUAGCUUUACAGAAAGGACGUUUAAUAAAUGCAAUCAAAAACCAA